GCGGGCGUUGUCUCCGCGGCGGGCGAACCCCGAGGCCGCCCGGUGGCCAUGAUCGACUCGGUGAAGCUGCGCCGCGACGGCGCGGCGGACUUCUUCUCGCACUACGAGUACCUGUGCGCGCUGCAGGACUCGGUGCCGCUGCCCGCGGUGCGCGCCUGCCUCCGGGAGGGCGUGCUGGACUUCAACGCCGACCGCCUGCGCGUCGUGGACUGGGCGCCCCUCCUGAGCACGCUCCAGAUGAACAAGGAUCUGCCCUUGAUCUCGAUCAAGAGCUGCUUCCAGCCGUGGCUUGGGGAAACGGGUUCCGACAUAAAUAAAGUUUGCAGAAGUCGUGUUCCUGCGAUACGAUCCAAAGAUGUGACUUUACAGUUAUGUAAAGCUCUUAAAGGCUGUUUAAGUGUAUCGAAUGUGCUAAGGAACCUGGAGCUAAAUGGACUAGUUCUGAGAGAGAGAGAUUUAACUGUUUUAACAAAGGGAUUGAAUAAAUCGCCUUCUUUGGUGCACUUAUCUCUUGCAAAUUGUCCAAUUGGAGAUGGAGGUUUAGAAAUUAUUUGUCAAGGUAUAAAGAGCUCUAUCACUCUUAAGACAGUCAACUUCACAGGGUGUAAUCUGACAUGGCAGGGAGCAGAUCACAUGGCCAAGAUCUUAAAGUAUCAGACCAUGAGAAGGCAUGAGGAAACCUGGGCUGAGAGUCUUCGCUAUAGGAGACCUGAUCUUGAUUGUAUGGCUGGCUUGAGGCGCAUCACAUUGAAUUGCAACACACUCAUUGGUGACCUAGGUGCAAGUGCUUUUGCAGACUCUCUCAAUGAGGAUCUUUGGUUGAGAGCCCUUGACCUGCAGCAGUGUGGCCUCACCAAUGAAGGAGCAAAGGCUUUGCUAAAGGCCCUUGAAACCAAUAGAACUCUGGUGGUUCUGGAUAUAAGAAAAAAUCCACUCAUUGAUCAUUCUGUGAUGAAAGCAGUUAUCAAAAAAGUUCUCCAGAAUGGAAGGAGUGCUAAAUCAGAGUACCAAUGGAUUACUUCUCCAUCAGUAAAGGAACCAUCCAAAACUGCUAGGCAGAAAAAGAGAACUAUCAUUCUAGGAAGUGGUCGAAAAGGAAAAGCUACUAUUAGAAUUGGAUUGGCUACAAAGAAACCUGUAAGUAAUGGAAGAAAACACUCCCUUGGUAAAGAAUACUAUGCUCCUGCACCUUUACCGCCUGGUGUGUCUGGUUUCUUGCCAUGGCGUACUGCAGAACGUGCAAAAAGGAACAGGGGCUUUCCAUUACUCAAAACCCGUGAUAUGUAUAAUCAGUUGCAGCAACAAGGUUUUCCUGUGACUGUGACAGUAGAGAGUCCUUCAUCCUCAGAAAUUGAAGAGGCUGAUGAUUCUUCAGAAAGUGUUCAUGAAGUGCCUGAGAAAACCAGUUUAAAACAAGAAGCAUUGCAGGAAAAACUGGAGGAGUGCCUAAAGCAGUUAAAGGAGGAAAGAGUGAUAAGGCUUAAGGCUGAUAAACGAGUCAGUGAGCUGGAACAUGAAAACGCCCAGUUAAGAAAUAUAAAUUUCUCUUUGUCUGAGGCCCUUCAUGCACAGUCGUUGACAAGCAUGAUCCUGGAUGAUGAAGGUGUUUUGGGCAGCAUUGAGAAUUCUUUUCAGAAGUUCCAUGCUUUUUUGGAUCUUCUUAAAGAUGCUGGGCUUGGGCAGCUUGCCACAAUGGCUGGCAUAGAUCAGUCAGAUUUUCAAUUACUAGGUCAUCCCCAGAUGAAUUCUACUGUUAGUAGUCCACCUAAAGAAGAAAAGAGGGCACUUGAGGAAGAAACACCAGAACCAAAGCAGAAUGCCAUAGGACAAAUGCAAAAUAUCCAAGUUUCUAUUUGUAUGCAGUCAGCUUACAAUGAAGGAACACUAAUGAAGUUUCAGAAAAUUACAGGUGAUGCCAGAAUUCCUUUGCCUCUCGACUCCUUCUCUGUCCCAGUUUCUACUCAGGAAGCCGUAGUAACUCCUAAAGACAACCUGGGAGUCCCAACCACUGAGCAACAGCAGGAGUCUUUAGAAGGAUUUAUUGCAAGAACAUGUUCUCCUUUAGCAGAUGUCAUUUCUGGAACUGGAAGUCAAAGAAAAGAAGAGGAGUUGUCUAGAAAUAGCAGAUCUUCAGAGAAAAUAAUCAAAACAGGUGAAUAUAACAAAAAACACCCUGCUAAGAAAUUUGGAAAGGAUCUGCAUUCCUAUUCUGACUCUCCUGAAAACCAGAAAAGUAAAGGAAUCGGAGAAACUAGUUCUUUGGUUAAUGAACCCAUUAAAAAUGAGUCUUUGAAAAAAUACAUUUCUGUCAAGAAAGAAAGUAGAAUAGUGACUGUUUCAUCCAAGACAAAUAAAAGUAAACCCAAUCCACCAGAACAUUCUGAAAGUGAUACUCUUGGAUCUGAUUUUGAAUUUCAAGAAAGCAUUCAUUCUCUAUCACGCCUGACAUAGGUCUAAAUCUUUUGAAAUUAUGUUUUUGCCUUUAAAUGUUAAUAAAUUUUCUUAUAUUUUUAUUAUGGCA